GCCCUCGAAACCAGCCCGGAGCCCCGGGUCUGAAAGCCACCCCCCGGCCCGCUAUCUCAAGCCGGCGAGAAAGCCAAGCUUCGGGAAGAGAUGCCGCGGCGGGGCUGCCACACGGACUGCCUGGAGCGGGCCCUGUCGCGGGCGCUNCGGGCGCUGGGGGCCCUGGUGGGCGUCCACCCGUGGCCCUUCCUGCUGCUGCCCUUGGCCCUCUCGGCCGCCCUGGGCUCCGGCUUCGUCUUCCUGCGGCGCCGCGAGGCCAAAGACCUCGAGGGCCAGUUCACGCCGGUCGGGGGCCCGGCCAAAGGCGAGCGCCGCUUCGUCCAGGCGCGCUUCCCCACCGACGACGCCCGGCGCUUCUCGGCCGAGAGACUCGCCACCGAGGGCGCCUUCGCCUCCUUCAUCGCCGUGGCCGCCGGCGGGACGGGGUCGCUCCUCACGAGGGAGGCCUUCGCCCAGCUGCUGGCGCUCGACGGGGCCGUGCGGGCUCCGGACGGCGNAGGCCAGGCCGCGGGCAUAGAAGCGCUGCUGCCCGGCCUCACCUUCCCGCUCUUCCAGGGGCGCCUUUUCCUCGGCUUCUUCCUGGGGGGCGUCACGCUCGGCCCCGGAGACGGACCGGCGCGCCCCCUCCUGGCCGCCAAAGCCCUGCGCCUCGUCUACUACUUGCAGGAGGACGACGCUCAAAGGCGAGAGGACAGCCGGCGAUGGCUCGACGCCUUUCUGGAGCGCAUCCCGGCCGUCCUCGACUCCUUGAACUUCUCCUCUAUCCGGGUAUCCUAUUUCACCUCACUGUCCAGACAGAAAGAAUUUGAGAAACUCGCCAAGGAUGUGAUCCCCUUGAUCUCUGUCACAUAUUUUCUGACAAUAUUUUUUACAAUCAUGUCAUGUUCAAGUCUAGACUGUGUACGAACAAAAGCGUGGGUUGCAUCUUUUGGUGUACUAACAGCAGGUCUGUCCGUCGUCAGCAGCUUUGGAUUACUGCUGUUCUGUGGCGUUCCAUUUGUUAUCACAGCUGCAAAUUCACCUUUUCUUAUACUUGGAGUUGGGGUGGAUGACAUGUUCAUCAUAGUGUCUUGUUGGCAACGUACCAAAGUCAAGGACAGUGUCCAAGAUCGGAUGGCGGACACCUAUGCGGAAGCAGCGGUGUCAGUCACCAUCACCACCCUUACAGAUGUUGUAGCCUUUUACAUUGGAAUUGGAAGUUCCUUCCCAUCAAUUCAGUCCUUUUGCAUAUACACAGGAACAGCCUUUGUUUUCUGCUACUUAUUUAACCUGACAUUCCUCGGGGCUGUUGUGGCACUAAAUGGCAAAAGAGAAGAAGACAACAGACAUUGGCUCACAUUCAUGAAGGUGAAGGAUGAACCCCAACAGUCUCAGGGUCAUCUGUAUAAUAUAUGCUGUGUAGGAGGAUCUUUUGAUGAGUCCACUGGGGCAGAGACUGAACAUCCCAUGAACAUAUUCUUUAGAAAUCAUUAUGGUCCAUUCAUUGUACAUAGGAGGACCAAGGUGUUUGCGGUGCUUCUGUAUCUCCUGUACGUGGGUAGUAGCAUUUAUGGAUGCACCCAAGUUAAAGAAGGUUUAAAUGUUCGACAUUUAGCUGUAGAUCAUUCUUACGUUGUUCAGUAUUAUGACUGGGAGGAGGACUAUUUUUCCAAAUAUGGUCCAAGAGUGAUGGUUGUGGUCACUGAAAGCAUAUCAUAUUGGGAUUUAUCGGUCCGCGCAGACCUUGAGAACUGCAUGCAUGCACUAGAAACCUCAGCUUACGGGGACAAGAAUUUAUCACUCUCAUGGCUGAGAAUUUAUGAAACUGUUGCCCAACAAAUGUCCAUAAAUAUAAAGGAACGCACUACUUUCAUGAGAAAUUUACCUGCCCUGUUUACAGCAAAUCCAGAUUUUGAGUGGGAUUUAAAUUCUAGUGCUACAGAAAUAUCAGCUUCACGGUUCUUCAUACAGACAGUUAAUGUUACUAGUGCAGUGGAUGAGAAAAACCUCUUAAGUCAACUGAGAAACCUUGCAAAAGACUGCAAGAUACCCUUGAUGGUUUAUCACCCAGGUUUCAUAUACUUUGAUCAGUUUAUUGUGGUAGUUCAGAAUACCAUUCAAAGCAUUCUGAUUGCUACUGGAACCAUGUUAGUUAUUUCUUUGCUGCUUAUUCCCAAUCCUCUUUGCUCUUUGUGGGUAACAUUUGCUAUUGCAUCUGUCAUUGUUGGUGUGACUGGUUUCAUGGCCUAUUGGGAUGUAACCCUUGACUCCAUAUCCAUGAUCAACCUUGUUAUUUGCAUUGGGUUCUCAGUAGAUUACUCUGCUCAUAUGUCUUAUGCCUUUGUUUCUAGUGAGAAACCCAAUGUGGAUGAAAAGGCUGUGGAUGCUCUGUACCGCCUUGGUUACCCUGUUUUACAGGCAUCUACUUCCACCCUUGUGGGAGUCCUUGUUUUAUCAAUGGCAUCCACAUACAUCUUUAGAACCUUUUUUAAGAUCAUGUUUUUGGUGAUAUUGCUUGGGACUCUGCAUGGUCUCCUUUUUAUUCCUGUCUUUUUAACGUUUUUUGGCUUUUGUGCUGGUUUUUCAAACAGAGUAGAUAGCUAAAGGCCACUGCUACGAACAUUCAGCCAGCAACAAAGAACCUUAUUUUUUUAGAUGGAAACACUGUGUCAUUGCCCACUUUCCAGUAUGGAAACAUAAACUACUGCCAAUGCGGUGGGGAGUUACUGCGAAGGCUUAUGAUCCCACAGCCCAUUCACCAGCUUCUCAAGCUGAGACAUGAUUGUCCAGACAUAAGUAUAGUAGUGUGAUGUUAUUUUCUUAGCAGUUUAUACUAUUUUUAUUGCAGCGGUCUCUGUUGACUUCUGCAUGGAAUAUUUGCUAUGCCUCUGGCACAAGGCACACAAUAUCAAAUGUGAGGUUUUCUGCAACUCAGGGAGAAUUGUUACUCCAUAGGAAACAUUUUCCUUCCAAUUUCAAC